AUGCCCGCCGAGCCCACAACAGCGAAACUCAAGCGCCGCACUAGCAGGAAGGAGUUGGAGGAAUACCGAUUCGAUGGGAGCCAUGGGAGAGAGCUCGAGAUGAAACGGAACAGAGGAGAGGUUAGCUGUGCCGAAUGUCGUAGGCUCAAGAUAAAAUGCGACAAACAGAUCCCUUGCCAGUCGUGCCAGCGGAGAGGGUGUGCCACGCUGUGCCCGAACGGAAGUCUCGCGACCGGACAAGGAACACGAUUCGUGUUGGCUGCUACCGAACAUCUGCAUCGCCGCAUCGCCCACCUCAGUGGACGCAUUCGACAACUCGAAGAUGCCCUCGCCGUCAUACACGCCAAACAUUCGACAGAGCCGCAUCCGCUCCUCCACGAAGACCUCAUCGCCGCAGAGGAGCACGACGUGACAGAGGAGAGAGGAGAGGGCGGGUCAGGGUCAGCUCCGCAGCACAAGGAGGUGAUGGACGCUUUUGGAACACUGUCGAUAUCCGAGCACGGCAUCUCGAGGUUUUUUGGCCCUACAGGAGGUUCAGAGAGUUUGCUACUGACGAACCUCGACUCGAACCAACCUUCGCCUGAGAGUGCACAUACGCCAGAUUCGAUGCGAGGAUCGAAUAGUCCAUCAUUACACAACGACCUGUCGCUGUUUUCUCGAGCCUUUCCGUUUACUCCCAUGGGCGAGACAACGGACGUCCGGGAGGUAAUCGAGAGCCAUUUACCGCCGUUCGAGGGUACGAUUGCUCUGUGCGAGACGUAUUUCGACCAGUGCGGAUGGCUCUUCCGCGGGACGACCCGCACGCAGGUCAUGGACGACAUGGUGCCGGUGAUCUACAGACGCCAGGCUGCCCCGCUUGAAGAGGACUACAGCGGACCACACGACCUCGCGCUGCUUUUCAUCGUGCUCGCCAUCGGGUCUCUCGUCGGUAACGCCCAAAAACCCUGGAAUGUCGCGCAAGGAGAGCAUUUCCACCAGAUUGCCCGCGCGGCGCUCGCGCUGCAGCCGGUACUCGAGAAGCCGUCGAUUGUGACAAUCCAGUGCCUGCACCUAAUGAGCAUCUACAGCGCGAUGAGCGGGGGUGACAUGAAGAGCGAGACGAGUAUGGAGAUGGCGUGGUCUCUGAUCACCCUCUCGUGCCAUUUAUCCCAAACCAUUGGUCUUCAUCGUGACAGUGCUCGAUGGGGUCUCUCGCCGAAGAUGGUCCAACGCCGACGGACACUUUUCUGGGGCCUUUUCGUUGCCGAUGUCUGGCAGAGCAUGAACAAUGGACGACCACCGUCUUUUUCGUUGGCAUAUGCCGAUUGCUCUUUCCCUCAAUAUGAUACCAACAACGAGACUAACUUGACGGCAUUUGAAAUCUGGCAAUUCCGCUUCGCGUCAGAGUGUGUGGCCGACGUUACAGCGCGCACGCUUACCGCCGAGGCACCGUCCUAUGCGACUAUCAUGGAUCUCGACCGUAAAGUUCGCGAAUUCCCUCUGCCUGAGGGUCUGGGGUCCUCGGACGACUUUGGAACGUCGUUCCAACGCUUCGUGUUGGAGCAUAUUAAAGAGACAGUUCUCAUGUAUAUUCACCGCAGCUUCUUCGCCCAAGCAAUAAUGGAUCACCCGGCCAACCCUCUGAAGAGCACCUACGCGCCUUCCUUCCUCGCGGCGUACCGUGCUUCGUCGACUAUCCUCAAGGUCGUGCGAGAGCAGUUCAAGAUGUGGCCAAAUUCGUGCUCUCGGUUCUGGAAUAUGUGGACCUUCGCCUUCUCCGCAGCUGUGGUGUUCGGAGCUGUUGCCACGCGCGGUCCGCGAUCCCCACUCGCCCAGUCGGCAAUGGCUGAGCUCGAGCAGGCGUGUGUCCUCUUCUCAAAGGCGGCAGCUACUUCUGUCCGCGCUGCGACGGCUCUCCCCAUUUUAACCAGACUGAGCGAGAAAGCUCGCUAUGCCCUAGCCUCUGCGCAGAAGGAUCCCAACCCCCUCUCCGGCGAUCAGGGCGGUCUGCUCUGGAAUAUCAAGCAAGAGGACACCGAAGACGAGCUCACCAUCCUCGCCGGCCGCACGCGGUUCAUCUCAACGAAGAAGGGCGAUUUCUUGAACACGACGCCACCUCGCUUUGAACCCAGCCCGCCUCUCUUCCCACCCGCUGCACCACCUGCUCCGGAGCCCAUGCAGACCCAGAUGUCCGACUCCGUACCGCUCGUCGGUUCUAGAUACCACGUCCCAUCGCACGCACCUCCGCCGCCCAGUUCGGCAUCGAGCAUGAGCAGCAUUGGCGGUUCGUGGGAGCCACAAUCGCGAGACGAGUACAUGGCGCCACCGUCGAUGGACCUGGAUUACUCGUACGCGUCAUCACAGAGGAACCAGGCGCCUCCCGACAUCGCGGGGUCGUACAACUGGUCGAACGAGUCCCGACAACACGCAGGGUCUUCCUCGAUGCAACAUCGCCCUGUUGCCUCUUCGUCUUCGCAGCAACUGCACCACUCCAGUCUCCCACCGCCGUCCCAGCAGUACCACAUGCAGGGCGGCCCAGUUGAACUUCGGCCUCCUCCAGGCCCAUACGGCGCCUCGCAGUACCCGCCCCAAUCGCAUUCUAGAGUUCAUUCCCAUUCGCAAAUGCCGCCUCAACACCAUUCCUACCCUCCUCAGCACCAUGCCUCUUCCUCGUCGCAGCACUCGCAGCACCCUUCGUAUUCGAUGUACAACCCGAAUCCUGGAUACUCCGCUCCGGGAGCUGGGCCGGCGGGUUCGAACGUCGACCUUGCGGACCUCGGGCUGGUCUCACGGGACUCGAGGCUUGACGAACGAUGGGGCACGUUCAUGGCGGAUUCGGGGCUGCUGGAUGAGUAUAAACGCCGUUAG